GGACAGUGUGUGAGUGUGUCAGGACGCGGUUUAGGGAAUCAGCAAUUGGACGAGAGGCUGCGCGUCACGCACGCGUCGCUAAACGCUCACUGCCGCGAUGAGACGCGUUCAGACGGGUUUGUAAUAUCCGGGUUGGAGGGGAGUGUCACUUUGAGAUUUCCAAUAGAAACACGCUGGAACAUUAGAGACAGGGAGAGAGACUGGGAGGAUGGCAUCGGUCAGAGGGAAGCGAAAAUCGGGAUAGACACGAAGAGCGCGAUGGAGAAGACGCAGUCCGCCGCUAAAGCGAGCGUCGAGAGAAGGGACGCGGGUCGGACGUGCUCGGCCUCGCUCGGUUCUCCCGGUCCGGGUGCAGCUCCGCUGGGGAAGAUCGCGCCGCUGCAGCCCGGACACAAGCGCAGGACAGAGGGAGUGCUCAGCAAAUACACCAACCUCAUCCAAGGCUGGCAAAACAGGUAUUUUGUGUUGGACUCGGAGUUGGCUCAGCUGCAGUAUUUUGUGAAUGAACAGGGGCGGAGCCAGAAGCCCAGAGGAUCUCUCCCUCUGAUUGGUGCAUCUGUAUUGUCCAGCGAUGAGGUGCCAUACAUGUUCAUUGUCAGCUCAGCCAAUGGGGAGCUCUUCAAACUCAGAGCGGUGGAUGCUACCGAACAACAGCUGUGGAUGACGCAGUUACAGGCCCUUACCAGACGCCACUCAGACAGCAGUGCCAAGAUGAGAAAACCCAAGGAUUGCGAUGAGCACCUGUGUGCUGACAAAACUCAGAAUACAUUGGAUGCACAGUGUUCAUCAGGUCGUGCACAGAGUUGCUCUCUUCUUCCUCAUGUUCCUCCGUCUUCCUCUCCUGGAUCUCAGAGACAUCAUCUGCCUCAUCACACGGCUCCUAGCAACAUCGUGACCAUAACGCACCACAAGUCGCCUGCAGCCGCCCGCCGUGCCAAAAAACAGUACCCAGAUCGCCUCCUGGAGGUCAAAGAGGUUAUGAGUCAUGCUGAAGGUCAGCAGAAGAGUCUCAUUCACUCCAUUGAGUCGUUGCCGAUGCGAGGACCCCUCUCCUGUCUGGAUCAAGACCUGCUACUGCUCAAAGCAACGUCUGCCGCCACCCUCAGCUGUCUCGGAGAGUGCCUGACUAUUUUACAGAAGAGCUCCGGACACCACAGCAAUGGUCAGACGUGUCACAACCGGGGCCUGACCUCUGACAAUGUACCUGUAUGGACGGUUCCAAAGUCACCCUCAGGAGAAAGUUUGAGGAAUGGUGGUGCUGCUACUCUACCCUCGACAGAUCACUCGCCCUCCCUCAGCAACAAAAACCUGCUGACGUUUCCGAAUACUGAGGACGGCAUGGAGGUGAUUUCUCCUGGUGAGGAGGUGAUGGAUUCAGAAGAUAAUGCUGAGGAGGAUCUUGGCAUGUUGGAGGAUCAGAGGAGUGUUAUUCUGCAUCUUUUGUCUCAACUCAAACUGGGCAUGGAUCUCACUCGGGUGGUGCUUCCUACCUUCAUUCUGGAGAAACGCUCUUUACUGGAGAUGUACGCCAACUUCAUGGCUCAUCCUGACCUGUUCCUGGCCAUCUCCACUGGCAGCACGCCUGAGGAGCGCAUGGUGCGAUUUGUCGAAUACUACCUGACCGCAUUCCACGAAGGACGCAAGGGUGCCGUCGCAAAGAAACCAUACAAUCCGGUGCUGGGUGAGACGUUCCACUGCUCCUGGGAGGUCCCACGAGACCAAGUCCACCCUCUAAGAUCUCACGGCCAUUCUCUUGGUUCAGAGGUGCGAGAGACAUGUACAGGGACCAAUCAGGAGGGAGUGGGGGCGGGGUCAGAAUGCUACAGAGUGCGUUUUGUGGCGGAGCAGAUUUCGCAUCAUCCUCCAGUGUCUGGGUUUUAUUGCGAGUGUGCGGAGAGAGGCAUGUGUGUGAAUACACACGUGUGGACCAAGAGCAAGUUCAUGGGCAUGUCAGUGGGCGUCUCCAUGGUGGGCGAAGGUGUGUUGUAUCUGCGGGACCACGGCGAGGAGUACGUGUUUACUUUCCCGAGUGCAUACGCUCGUUCGAUCCUCACCGUCCCUUGGGUAGAGCUGGGGGGAAAGGUCACGAUCAGCUGUGUCAAGACGGGAUACUCAGCCAGCGUCACAUUCCACACCAAACCCUUCUAUGGGGGCAAAGUUCACAGGGUCACUGCAGAAGUCAAGCAGAACUCCAGCGGUAUCAUCAUGUGUAAAGCUCAGGGCGAGUGGAACGGGACGCUAGAGUUCACCUACAGCAGCGGAGAGACCAAAGUGAUUGACACCGCCAAGCUGCCUGUCAUCAGAAAGCUGAUUCGUCCAGUGGAGAAACAGGGACGGACCGAAUCAAGGCGUCUUUGGCAGCACGUCACCAGAGCGUUGAAGGACGAUAAUGUCGAUCUGGCGACUGAACACAAGCACGUGUUAGAAGAAGACCAGAGAUCAGAGGAGAGACGGAGAGAUGCCAACAACAUGAACUGGAAACCCACUUACUUCAGCAAAGAGGAAGAUGGUUGGGUGUACAGAAACCCGUUAUGGAAGACACACUGAGAUGAGCUAAAAACACCUUUUGACCAGGCCAGGUUGAAAGACUGGAUCCUAUGUGCAGGAGAAUAUGGAUGUACAGAAAUCAAAGUGUAUAUAACAUAUGAACUUUUAUACACUGUAGAAAUGAUAUAUUAUUUUUCACAAUACCUAAC